AAGCUGCCAUUGAAGCUCAAGCCGUUUUAAGGCUUGUGUCAAGGGUUUUUGGCAGGACUCACAGGUAGCUGUGUAUCUUUCCAGCAAUUGAAGCAACGGAGGAUUGUCGAAUAUGAUACGCCUCCUUGUGGUGCCCUCGAAGUUUCUCCUCUUGCUAGGAAUCUUCGAAUGUGGCCACACCUACAAAUUCUCAGAGCAUCGUCAGGAGCGUCAGCCCAACAACAGCUACGGAGCUGUGAACGUCACGCAGGCCAUGAAGGUGCCUCUCUACAAAGAGUUGUCUGCUGCAUUGCCCCUGGUGAUUCGAAACCUCACGAACUACAGUGGCCUCAUCAAUGACAAGGGAGCUCCACCCAAUCCGAAUAUCACUUACCAUUUCGGCGAACUGGAGAAUGAUUUGGCUAUGUUAUCAGACAAGGUCAGUGGCUUCUAUGCCGUCUUACAUGAGAUGUUGCCGGAUGGCAGUGGACCAUUUCUGUGCCCUUUGAACAAGCAGAGUCAUAUCAAGGAGUGCCUUUUGAUGGCCACAUGCCUCUUGGAAUAUCACGUGCCCGAAGAAAUCGAACUCGCUGCAUUCACCACCUACAUGGAGAUGACGCAGCGUUUCAUAGAUGUUGGUUGGACUGUAUUGAAGAGUGGUUUGCUGAUGGAAGAGCCCUCUCCGAUCUUGAACAUGGAUGCUGUACCUCCCAAGAAGUACCAGUGCGAUCUGCUGAAGCAUGAGAAGGUGACCCCAUCCACUGCUCAUUCCAUGCUUCAAGUGGAGUCAUCAGAGUCGGAGUUUGAGUCGGAUGGGGCGACUCUUGCGAUGUCCUCAGCGCUAAUCCAAGCCUCCCAGGCCAGUUUCCAGAUCUUAGAUUCACAUCAAGUUGGCAGCUCAGUUGAUGCCACCAUCUUGAAACUACACGAGCUUUGGAUGCCAAUUUGCAAACAUUUGAAUUGCAACCAUAGCAGCUUUUGGGACUUGCACUAUGCCUCAUAUCGGCAAACGGCCUCUUUGCUCGAGCUGAAGUCGGGCUAUGCAGCGCGACGUGCCAUGCGCCGCGAGGUCCAACAUCGUGUGAAGUUGGAGAAGAGGUUCGGUGAGUUUGUCUCAGAAAACCAUGAAUAUUACUCCAGGCUUUACAAUGGAACGCACUUCCCUCCUGGCCGGCGAUUUGUUGAUUCGAACUUCAUCCAGGCUUCCUCAAGAGGAGAAUCCAUGAUCGGCCACAUGAGGGAUUUCGCAAAUGAAAUCAGCACUGAGGAGAGCAGGGCCAUCAGGUUGUUCGACCACGUGGAGUAUCGCAAGUUCCAGAAGGACAGGCACGGACGCCGUCCAGUCUCCCUAUUGCAGGAUGAGAACGAAGAGAACGAAGAGAAUGAGGAGAAUGAAGAGCAAGAAGACAGCGAGGAAGAUGAAGACGAAGAUGAAGAUGAAGACAAGGAAGUGGCUAUAGACGAUGCAGAAGAUGUGGGCUCCAAGGAUAUGGAAGGUGUCCCAGCACUGGUGGAGGAAGACAAUGUCUUGGAAGAUGGAACUGAAGAUGACAAAGGCAGCAGGAGGCGCAGGAGGAGACGAUCAAGGAGGCGAGCCCGCAGGAGAUGGAUCGGUGGAAGGAGACGUCGCAGACGCCGCAGAAGAAUUUUCGACGUGAUCGCAAAUGUGGUCGAGGACGUCGCGGCGUUCAUGGAAAGUAUCACGGGGUGCUUGGGCUAUGCCAUCGAGUUUGCGAGCACAGGCUACGAUUAUGAGGUUGUUCCAGGUGCCGUGUCGAUCUCUCUUGGGCUCUCCGCUGGAGCAAGGCAAGCACUCGAAGAUCUCAUCUCCAAACGGUCUCCGACAUUGGCAAUUUCGAUGGACUUCGGUUUUGCCGUGGGCGUGACCAAGAAACUCCUCUGGUCGGGAACCGGCUUGGGAGGAUCCGUGACCUGUGAGGUUGGAGCAAGCUGCGAGGCCUAUAUCACAGUGGCUGUCAUCGGCAGUGUCAAUAUCCCCACUCAAUCUGCCGCUUGCCCCAUGGGCCCAACCUGGGGCGCAGCCACUUGCGCCCAGUGCUUCGGGGGCGGGAUCUCUUCCAUGUGCUGCAACAUGGGCUUCAAGGGGGGUUCCAACGAUUGCCGCUGAUGCAGAGACAACAUGCUGAGACCAGGCGGCGCAGCAGCCUUGAAGCGGACGUAGACUGUGGAGCUGCACUGGCGCCUGAAAAAGCAGAGCAGAGCUGCCCAGCAGUUC